UCCCUAUAUACUUCUAUCCUCGCUAGCUUUCUAAUCGAAGCCGAUUAACUAGCUAGCUUAAGGAGCUACUCAAGCUGAAGCAUGGCGAUGGCGACAUGCAACCUGGCCGUGCUGCUGCUGGUGGCUGCUGCUGCGCUGAGCACGCCGUCGCUGGCGCAGUCGCCGCCGCUGCGAUACAACUUCUACAACUCCUCGUGCCCGCAAGCCGAGGCGACGGUGCGCAGCGUCACCGAGGCGAUUAUCAGAAAUGAUCUCACCAUGGGCGCCGCCUUCGUGCGCCUCUUCUUCCACGACUGCUUCGUCAGGGGCUGCGACGCCUCCAUUCUUCUUGACCCGAGCAGCAGCAACCCGUCGACGGAGAAGAGGGCGAUCCCGCUGCAAGGGUACGACGCAGUGAACCAGAUCAAGGCGGCCGUGGAGGCCGUCUGCCCCAACGUCGUCUCCUGCGCCGACAUCCUCGCCUUCGCGGCGCGCGACUCCGCGGUCGUCUCCGGCGGCUUCACCAGCUUCGCCAUGCCCUCGGGCCGCCGCGACGGGACCGUCUCCAACUUCUUCGACGUGUUGCAGCACAUCCCUUCCCCGACCUUCAAGCUCCAGGACCUCAUCAACAACUUCGCCGCCAAGGGCAUGAGCGUGGACGACCUCGUCACGCUCUCCGGCGCGCACUCCUUCGGGCAGGCGCACUGCUCCUUCUUCAACGGCCGGCUGUACCCCACCGUGGACCCGACCAUGGACGCCACCUUCGCCGCCGCGCUGAAGACGGUGUGCCCGCCGCCGGGCAGCAACGGGGGCAACCCGGUGGUGAACAACAACAACGUGACGGACCCGAACAAGCUGAGCAACCAGUACUACAGCAACGUGAUCUACGGGAAGGUGCUCUUCAAGUCGGACCAGCAACUCCUGAGCAGAACCGACACGGCGGCCAAGGUGGCCGGCAACUCCGCCGACCCUGCCGCGUGGAUGGGGCGGUUCGCAGCGGCGCUGGUGAAGAUGGGCGGCAUCCAGGUGCUCACCGGGACUGCCGGCCAGGUCAGGAAGCUCUGCUACGCCACCAACCGCUAGCGCUAGCUGAUCAGGCCAAUUAAGCUAAACGAUCGAGCAGCUGCAUCUGCUAAUAUUGCAUUGCAAAGUAAU